AUGGCGUCGUUGGAAGGACAACCCUUCACGUGGGCGGCGGCUGUCCUGUUGUGUGCGGCAGUUCUCGUGGUGGAAGCCUCUCACUUUAGGGGAGGGACCAUCAGUUGGAGGCCGCUCGGGGGAAACACGGUGGAAUUCGAGUUCAAGAUGGGCUGGACAUACGACAAGGGUCCUGGCUGCAAGGAGCACCUGACUGGUCAAUAUGUCAACCAACCAAUGUCUGGCAAUGACAACAAUUUCAAGUGUCAGAAAGGCUGUGCCGGCACCCCAGUCCUGAACAGCGUCAACUACUACUGUAUGGCAGCCAAUCAGAAGGAGGGAUGGGAACAGGGCCAGGAUACCUUCAACUACACCUUUCCCAGUUCUGGACCAUUCACUGUUGGAUACGAGGGAAACGCGUGGAUGCAGCUAUCGGGUGGGCGUGGCAACGGAGCCUGGAACGUAGCAACCACCAUUGACCUCAGGACUCGGAGCGACACAGGGCGCAGCAACACCAGCCCUGUGGCUCUCAGCAAACCGCUCUUCAACAUGCAACACAACUGCAACCACACAUUGAGGAUCCCCAUACUGGACCCUGACGGGGACAACGUGCGAUGUAGAUGGGCCGUCAACGACGAGUGCCUGACUGUGUGUAACGCUCUCCCCUUUGCCAGACUGGACGAGCAAACCUGCACGCUCACCUUCACCACGGGCUUUACUCAAACGUACCAACCUGGAGACUUCUUCGCCGUGGCGCUCACUAUAGAAGAUUUCCCCCCAGCCCCGAUUACCUUAGGGGGUUCUACAAGGAAGACACCGUCAGACAGUCUCUCCUCUAUACCCAUGCAGUUUCUGAUCAAGACACCACCGUACCCCGAGCCGUGCGACUGGGUUCCUCGGUUUGUGAGUCCCACGCCCCAGGAGAGGGACGUGGUGAUGGUAGAAGAGGGAGACACCCUCAACCUGCCUCUCACCGCUGACAACGGAAAAGCCACGAACGUCAAGAUCGCCAAGAUCCAGGUUCUGGGCCCCGUGGGCCUCCAGCAGUCGGCGCUACGACAGGAAGUGGGACAGGUCAACACGUUCACCAAGGACCUCACGUGGUCUACGGGCGCCUCGGACGUCGGGGAACAUCUCGUCUGCGCCAUCCCGGAGGAUGAAAAAGGAAAGUCUGGUUCCCCAAGAUGUUUCACUAUCAAAAUAGUCUCCCCCUACUCAGACAUCGACGACUGUAAGUCUAGGCCGUGUCAGAACGGAGCUACAUGUCAUGACCAGGUCAACGCUUUCACCUGUACCUGCCCAGCUGGCUAUACCGGCAAGACGUGCGCUGGGGAUGUAGACGACUGUAGUCCCAAUCCCUGUCGAAACGGAGCCACAUGCUCCGACCUAGUCAAUGACUACGUUUGCGCAUGCGCACCCGGCUACACGGACAAAAACUGUAUGACAGACAUAGACGACUGUAGUCCAGACCCGUGUCAGAACGGAGCUACAUGUACUGACCAGGUCAACGACUACACGUGUACAUGUGUGCCUGGAUACACAGACAAAAAUUGUGCCACGGACAUAGAUGACUGCAGCCCGGACCCUUGUCAGAACGGCGCCACCUGUGUGGACCAGGUCAAUGACUACCGCUGUGUUUGUGGGCCUGGGUACACGGACAAAAACUGCUCCACUGACAUAGACGACUGUGCCUCACGUCCAUGUCAAAAUGGCGGCACGUGCGUGGAUCAGGUCAACAACUUCAUGUGUCUCUGUGUGCCGGGUUUCACCGACAAAACAUGCUCUACAGACAUAGAUGACUGCAGCCCGGACCCCUGUCAGAACGGCGCCUCCUGUGUGGACCAGGUCAAUGACUACCGCUGUGUUUGUGUGCCUGGGUACACUGACAAAAACUGCUCCACGGACAUAGACGACUGUGCCUCACGUCCAUGUCAAAAUGGCGGCACGUGUGUGGAUCAGGUCAACAACUUCCUGUGUCUCUGUGUGCCGGGUUUCACCGACAAAACAUGCUCUACAGACAUCGAUGACUGUAGUCCAGACCCGUGUCAGAACGGAGCUACAUGUACUGACCAGGUCAACGACUACACGUGUACGUGUGUGCCUGGAUACACAGACAAAAACUGCUCCACUGACAUCGAUGACUGUAGUCCAGACCCGUGUCAGAACGGAGCUACAUGUACUGACCAGGUCAACGACUACACGUGUACAUGUGUGCCUGGAUACACAGACAAAAACUGCUCCACUGAUAUCGAUGACUGCAGCCCAGACCCGUGUCAGUUCGGCUCGACCUGCGUGGACCAGGUCAACGACUACAACUGUGUCUGCGCCCCGGGCUACACAGACAAGAACUGCUCCACUGACAUCGACGACUGCAGCUCCAGGCCGUGUGAGAAUGGCGCGCUGUGUGUGGACCAGGUCAACGACUACACCUGUCUCUGCCCGCCCGGCUACACGGACAAGAACUGCCACACUGACAUCAACGAGUGUUUGCCACGCCCUUGCAUGAACGGCGCCGUCUGUCUGAACCACGUCGCCUCUUUCACCUGCCAGUGUGCGCCAGGCUUUACUGGAACGCUGUGUCAGACCGACAUAAAUGACUGUAGUCCAGACCCGUGUCAGAACGGAGCUACAUGCCAUGACCAGCUCAACGCUUUCACCUGUACCUGUCCAGCUGGUUACACAGACAACACUUGUGUCACAGGUACGGAAUGUCCAUCAUCUUCUAACCCUCGUGUUGCCAUAGCUCCAACUAGACAUGGUUACAACAACAGCUGGUUAAUAGCUAACUAUAUGGACGACUGCAGCCCAGACCCGUGUCAGUUCGGCUCGACCUGCAUGGACCAGGUCAACGACUACAACUGUGUCUGCGCCCCGGGCUACACAGACAAGAACUGCUCCACUGACGUCGACGACUGCAGCUCCAGGCCGUGUGAGAACGGCGCGCUGUGUGUAGGGCGAGAGGUUGAUAGUUACAUCGACGACUGCAGCUCCAGGCCGUGUGAGAAUGGCGCGCUGUGUGUGGACCAGGUCAACGACUACACCUGUCUCUGCCCGCCCGGCUACACGGACAAGAACUGCAACACUGGUCAGUGCUCGCUCAGCCAACCCACGGCUCGUCAUUUUGCCUUUGUCCUGAUUAAUCAAUACAUCAACGAGUGUUUGCCACGUCCUUGCAUGAACGGCGCCGUCUGUCUGAACCACGUCGCCUCUUUCACCUGCCAGUGUGCGCCAGGCUUUACUGGAAUGCUGUGUCAGACAGGGUUUGACUUCUGCGCGUCCAGCCCCUGCAAGAAUGGCGGGAUCUGCGUGAAUGGUUUCCUGGGCUUCACCUGUAGCUGUGUCGACGGCUGGCAAGGUCUGACCUGUGGCUAUCGGAGCAGGUGA